GUUAUGUUCUCUGCUUUUGCUUAGCUUUUGGACAAACAGUUCAAAAACUCUCCACUUUAAGAUGUUAGGCCUCAGCUUUAUAUUGGCUUUUCAUAGCCUAAUUUCCUAAAAUGUAUCCGUGGUUAAAUGACAAUAAAUUUCCCAUUAAAAUUAAAGUUCCUAAAAAUUAAGAAUUUCGGUGUAUUUCAAAAAUAAUGCCAAUUUCUUCAACAGGUGGAACUGGUGUCAGGAAUUUAGCAUUAAUUCCAAACAUAAAUCAAUAAACAACUUGGGCCUCUAGCUAAAAGUGAAAUUCUGUAGGUAGAAAAACUGAUUGACCCCUACCACGCAUAGGUGCUGUCCUGCUAUGGAAUCCCUUUGCUCAGUUUUCUCCUGUCCAAUCAGGUGGAAUGUUUCACAGGCACAUGGUUUAUACAGCUCAAAAUAACUUGGGACCUGUGAGCUGACAAAUGCUCUGGCUCCGGUGGUGACAGGUUGUCCAGCUUCUUACAGCCAUCUUCACUGAAACUAAGGUUAACUCCUCACUCUCUAUGGACGGCUACUCUCGAUUUCCAAGGGCGUGAAGAAUUUUCUUUUUCUCCUGUGCUUUCAUCUAAAAGUUCUCCUUGGAUAAUUAUCAUCACGGUGGAUUGCCUGGGUUGGACAUCCUCAUCUGGGUCAACUAAAAAAAAGAAAGCAUGCAAGACGACAGCGUAGAAGCUUCUACUUCCAUAUCUCAGCUUCUAAGAGAGAGUUAUUUAGCAGAAACUAGACACCGGGGAAACAAUGAAAGGAGUCGAGCAGAACCUUCCUCCAACCCUUUCCAUUUUGGCAAUCCUUCUGGAGCUGCUGAAGGGGGAGGAGGCCAAGAUGACCUUCCAGAUCUUUCAGCCUUCCUGAGCCAAGAGGAAUUAGAUGAAAGUGUCAAUCUGGCAAGAUUGGCCAUCAAUCAUGACCCUUUGGAGAAAGCAGAUGAUGCUCAAGCUAGAAAACGCCUUUCAUCUGAUCAAAUGAAACACUCACCUAAAUCAAGUUUUGACCCCAACUGUUGUCAGGAUAACUCUCAAGGUUCUACUAGCUCUAGAGAGAGCUCCCAGGAGGCAAAAAGGCCACAGUAUAGUUCUGAAACCCAGUCCAAAAAAGUAUUCUUAAAUAAGGCUGCCGAUUUCAUUGAAGAGCUGUCUUCCCUUUUCAAAGCCCAUAGCUCCAAAAGGAUUAGACCUCGUGCCUGCAAAAACCACAAAAGUAAAUUGGAAUCUCAAAACAAACUUAUGCAGGAAAAUAGCUCCAGUUUCUCAGAUAUCUCAGAAAGAAGAGAAAGAUCUUCUGUUCCCAUCCCUAUCCCUGCAGAUACUAGGGAUAAUGAAGUGAAUCACGCCCUUGAACGGCAGGAAGCUAAGAGGCGCGAAGCUGAGCUGGCUGCCAGUGAGGCAGCUGGUGGAGACACCACCCCCGGGUCUUCACCUUCAUCUUUGUACUAUGAAGAACCUCUGGGGCAACCUCCCCGGUUCACUCAAAAGUUACGGAGCAGAGAAGUUCCAGAAGGAACCAGAGUACAGUUGGAUUGCAUAGUGGUAGGAAUUCCACCACCUCAAGUAAGGUGGUACUGUGAAGGCAAGGAGCUUGAAAAUUCGCCAGACAUUCAUAUCGCCCAGGCAGGAAAUCUGCAUUCACUGACCAUUGCUGAAGCCUUUGAGGAAGACACAGGACGCUAUUCCUGCUUUGCUUCUAACAUCUAUGGGACAGAUUCAACCUCUGCUGAGAUUUAUAUAGAAGGGGUUUCUUCUUCUGACUCAGAAGGGGACCCUAACAAGGAAGAGAUGAAUCGAAUCCAGAAGCCAAAAGAAGUAUCAUCUACUCCCACUACUUCUGCAACCAUUCCUUCAGCAGUACCCCAAGCCCAGCAUGUGGUGGCCCAGCCCAGUGUGUCAACAAUCCAACAGUGUCAGAGCCCUACCAACUAUCUACAAGGAUUGGAUGGAAAACCUAUCAUUGCAGCUCCUGUGUUUACAAAGAUGUUACAAAAUUUAUCAGCCUCUGAAGGUCAGCUGGUUGUCUUUGAAUGCAGAGUCAAAGGAGCUCCAUCUCCUAAAGUUGAGUGGUAUAGAGAAGGGACCUUAAUAGAAGAUUCUCCAGAUUUUAGAAUUUUACAGAAAAAACCGCGAUCCAUGGCAGAACCAGAGGAGAUUUGUACUUUGGUCAUUGCUGAGGUGUUUGCAGAAGACUCUGGGUGCUUCACCUGUACCGCGAGCAACAAAUAUGGCACAGUGUCAAGCAUCGCACAACUCGACGUAAGAGGAAAUGAAGACCUCAGAAAUAAUGGGUCUCUUCACCCAGCCAACUCCACCACCAACCUGGCUGUUAUUGAGCAACAGCCAUCCCCACCCAACCCAGAGCCUCCUUCUGCAGAACAACCCCCUAAACCCAAACUUGAAGGGGUUCUAGUAAACCAUAAUGAGCCCCGGUCCAGCUCGAGGAUUGGGCUCCGUGUGCACUUCAACCUUCCUGAAGAUGACAAAGGAAGUGAAGCAUCUUCUGAGGGUGGCGUGGUGACCACCAACCAGACAAGGCCUGAUUCUUUCCCAGAGAGAUUCAAUGGACAGGCAGCAAAAAUCCCUGAGCCUUCUUCGCCUGUCAAAGAACCCCCUCCAGUUCUGGCCAAACCCAAACUUGAUUCCAGCCAGCUACAACAGCUUCACAACCAAGUCUUACUGGAACAACAGCAGUUGCAAAACCCAUCUCCUUCAUCUCCUAAGGAGUUUCCUUUCAACAUGAGUGUUUUGAACUCCACUGCUUCCCCGGCGGUGACAAUGUCCAGCAAGCAGGUGAAGCCCCCUUCAUCACAGACUUUCAGCUUGGCCCGGCCAAAGCAUUUCUUCCCCUCUACAAAUACCACUGCAGCAACUGUGUCCCCUUCCAGCUCUCCAGUGUUCACCCUGAGCAGCACUCCUCAAACCAUUCAGAGGACAGUGAGCAAAGAAAGCCUCUUAGUUUCUCACCCCUCCGUGCAAACCAAAUCUCUAGGAGGAGUUUCCAUCCAAAACGAGCCACCCCCUCCAGCUCCAAUAGAGCCAGCACAGCCGCCACUCACAUUUGCCAUCUCCAGUGGAAACCAGUUUCAGCCCCGCUGUGUUUCCCCAGCUCCCGUCUCUCCCACCAGCCGGAUUCAGAACCCAGUGGCUUUCCUCAGCUCCGUUCUGCCUUCUCUCCCUGCCAUCCCACCCACCAAUGCCAUGGGGCUGCCUAGAAGUGCACCAUCCGUGCCAUCGCAGGGACUAAUGAAGAAAAAUACAAAGUCUCCCCAACCACUGAAUGACGAUUACAUUCGUGAAACUAAGAAUGCAGUGAUUCUGGACUUGGGGAAAAAAAUGAAUUUCAAUGAUGUCAGAUCACACCAGCAGGAGUACAAAAUUUCAAGCUUUGAGCAGAGGCUGAUGAAUGAAAUAGAGUUUCGCUUGGAACGUACCCCUGUUGAUGAAUCAGAUGAUGAAAUCCAACAUGAUGAGAUCCCCACGGGCAAGUGUAUAGCUCCCAUCUUUGACAAAAGACUCAAGCAUUUCCGUGUUACAGAAGGCUCUCCAGUGACAUUCACCUGCAAAAUUGUUGGGAUACCUGUUCCAAAGGUUUACUGGUUCAAAGAUGGGAAGCAGAUUUCAAAGAGAAAUGAGCACUGCAAAAUGAGGCGAGAAGGAGAUGGGACCUGCUCUCUGCACAUUGACUCCACCACCAGUGACGACGAUGGCAACUACACUAUCAUGGCUGCCAACCCCCAGGGGAGAAUCAGCUGUUCUGGCCACUUGAUGGUACAAGGUUUGCCCAUUCGUAGUCGACUAACAUCUGGUGGUCAGUCUCACAGAGGAAGGUCCCGAGUACAAGAAAGAGACAAAGAGCCCCUACAGGAACGCUUUUUCCGGCCACAUUUCCUGCAGGCUCCUGGGGAUAUGGUAGCUCACGAGGGGCGCUUGUGUCGACUGGACUGUAAGGUGAGUGGCUUACCGCCCCCAGAGCUGACAUGGCUGCUCAAUGGCCAACCUGUGCUACCAGACGCCUCCCACAAGAUGUUGGUCAGGGAGACUGGAGUCCACUCUCUGCUCAUUGACCCACUCACUCAACGUGAUGCGGGGACGUAUACAUGCGUUGCUACCAACAAAACUGGACAGAAUUCCUUUAGUCUGGAGCUCACUGUAGUAGCCAAAGAGGUGAAGAAAGCACCUGUGAUCCUGGAGAAACUGCAGAACAGCGGCGUUCCCGAAGGCCACCCAGUGAGGCUGGAGUGCCGUGUGAUAGGCAUGCCGCCACCCGUGUUCUACUGGAAGAAGGACAACGAAACCAUCCCUUUCACCAGAGAGAGGAUCAGUAUGCACCAGGACGCAACAGGGUAUGUCUGCCUCCUCAUUCAGCCAGCCAAGAAAUCUGACGCUGGAUGGUACACGUUGUCAGCCAAGAAUGAAGCUGGCAUCGUGUCGUGCACUGCCAGGUUGGAUAUAUACGCUCAGUGGCACCAGCAGAUCCCAACACCCAUGUCUGUCCGGCCCAGUGGCAGUCGCUACGGAUCUCUCACCAGUAAAGGACUUGACAUUUUCUCUGCCUUCUCCUCCAUGGAAAGCACAAUGGUGUAUUCAUGCUCUUCUCGGAGUGUAGUGGAGAGUGAUGAACUUUAGGAAUGUUUGGGUGUCUGCUGUAUAAGGGGGCGGACUGUGGAGGGGGAAGGAGGACAAGCCAGAUACAGUGGUUUCCAAGCAACUGGAUUUGAGUAAGUUCCCAUGCUGCUGGACCCUUGGCAAGAAGUGCUUUGAAUAAGUCAGCUGGAGACUCUUGCAGUCUCAGCUGGGGGGAAAGAUGUAGGGCUGUGCCUUUUAAAGAUUCCAACAAAAAUGUGAGAAGACAAUACAGAUGAACCAAAGAUGUCAUGAAGCUGCCAUCCACUGCUUUGGGAAAAAGCUAGCAUGCUCCCCUGCCCCCUGCUAUGUUAGGGAUAUUUAGGCCCUACUAGGAGCAAUGAGGGGCCAUAUGCUUGAGCUGAAAGGAGUUAGACAGUAGUGACUUUAGGUGUCAUUAACUCACCAGUAAUGCAAAGAAAAAAGGUGGGGAGGUCUCCAUUACCUUUCAUCAAUUACAUCCAUAGCAGUAGUUUUGAUGGAUUCUUUUAAUCAGCUUCUACUUAGCCUUAAGAGAUCAUGCCAUACAACUCACAUAUGUGGAGAAGCACUUUUGAUUUACUUAUCCUGAGUGUACUGAGCCACAUUAUAAGGUGCCAAAAUGUGCCUGAGAUACAAAAAAUUCACUGAAACACUCAAUAUUGCACAGUGCACUUGUUCUAUAACCAAAACAAGGCCCCAUUAGCCUGCCUGCACCAUUGUCUUCUGGAUAUAAUGGUGAGUCGUUUUUCUUUCUGACUUUACACAUCCCUAAAUUCUAGAACUAAAAGGUUGUUAGUAAACCAACUAACAACAAAAACUUCUGUGGGGUUCCUUUUUAAACUACUAGUUCAAUAUGCAAAAGUCAUCAUCAUCUUCCCCUCCUCCCUCCCCAAAAGUCUGGAAGUGUAUGAGGGAGUAAGGAAGGGAGAGAUGCAAACAAGGAGAGAAGGUGAUGGAGCCUGUCAGUUUUCACUUGCCCCUUAAGAGCAAUGGUUCUGGAGGGAGAGGUCUUUAAUAGGUAUGAACUGUUUGUGAGAUAAUUAAUUUGCAUUUUCUGCAUAGAAGAUAUCAUGCUAACCAUAAAAGGGGGAGGAAAGGAGAAUAUGCCUCUUUAUUCCAACCUACCUAUUCAAAAUCUUCCUCUUAAGGAAUUUUUAGACUUAAGUUCACUGCAAUUAUUCCCAGUGCCUAGAAGAGUGUUUGGCCCCAAAUAGACAUUCAAUAGAUAUUUGUUGGAUGAAUGAAUCUUAUGUGAGAUAGAGAAAUCUGCAAUUCACACAGCAGUCCAAAAAUUGCCCUGGGAAUAGUAAUCACAGCACAGUUUGCUCCAUACUCACCCGUGAAAUCAAUUGGAGGUGUCUGUUACCAAUUCUCUGUGCCCAAGUGUCUGGUGUUCUCUGAUCCAGGCACCCUCAGCUGGCAUCUUACUCGAAUGAACAAAUAGUCAUUGUUUAGAAAGGCUUGAAAUUUUCUUCACUUCAAGGCAAAGAUUUCCAGUAUAAAAAUAAAUUCAUUCACUCAAAAAAAAAUCAUUUGUGUGUCUACUCUGUAUAAGAUGCUAUGCUAGAAACUGUGGGAAAUAUGAAAAUAUGAAUAAGACACAGUCCCUGACCUCAAGGAGCUUAUAAUCUAGCAGGGGAGGUAAGAUGUAAGGCAUAAAGAGUGCUGCUUUUGGGAGGGGGAAGAAAUAGAUACUUUAUCAGACAGAAGUUUCUAGUGCUUUUCAUCCUAUAUUUUUUAUGACUCUAAAAUCAUCUUAAUAUCUUCAAAUCUUUAUUUCUUAAUGAAACAAAAUGCCAUAGGUUACAUCCUUAAGAAAUAAAGAUUUCAGUAAAUUAUUUGGUGAAAUUAGUAGAUUUUGUUUCAUUUUUUUCAUGUAUUCAUGAACAAUACUAAAAACAUAGGCAACUGUAAUGAAAUACUAUAUGUUUCAUACAGAAUGCAUUCUGUAAAAUGUUCUGUUUCUGUUAGCUUCUAUUAUGAAAUCUCAUAGCCAAAGAGAACUUUCUAACUCCAGGAUUGUUCCUUCACAGUUGUAUACCUCACCUCCCCAUCACCUCUAUUUCUGUAAACCCUAAAUAGUCCUCCCAUGAAAGGAUAAUUUUCAUCUCUGUAUGUCUUAGCUUUCUGAAUAUUUUUUAUCCGUUGCCUUUUAGUGUUCGAGAACUAGGAUAAAUAUUAUAUUUGGCCACUGGAUGGCGCUGUCUAACAUAAAAUAUAAGACCUCUAAAAUUCCUGAAAUUUCAAGUAUUGGAUCAUGUUAAUGCAGGGUUUCUGGACUCUAGCAUUGUUGACAUUUUGGGGUGGAUAAUUCUUUGUCGCCCGGGACUUUGUGCAGUGUAGAAUGUUAGGCAGCAUCGCUGGCCUCUAACCACUAGAUGCCAGGAACAUAGUGGCCCAUCCCCCAGUUGUGGCCACCCAAAAUAUCUCCAGACAUGGCUAUAUGUUUCCUAGGAGGCAGAAUCCUCCUUUGCUGAGAACUACUGUGUUGAACAAAUCCGUGCCCUGCAUUGAGAAGUCUGUUAGAAGUCAAUUAUAAUGAGGGAGAGUUAUAUAAGAAAUUUUGGGUCAGCUGGAUAUGUUUGGACUCAACAUGUCCAAAAUCAGAUUCAUCACCUUCCCUUUCAUACACAUUCUUCAACCUCGCUUAAGGAUUUCUGUUAAUGUCACCAUCACAUUCCUAGUAAUCCAAAUAAAAAGCAUCCAAGUCAUUUUUUGCUUCCUCUAGCCAAUCAAUUAAUAGAUCCUGUUCAUUCUAACCCUAUUAUUUCUUUUACAUUCAGCCCUUUCUUUCCAUCCCCCUGCAGUUCUCCAGUUCAGACUUGCAUUACUUUAUUAAUUUCCCUCAAUAUUUCUGACUUCAACCAUAAUAAAGAACUUCUAAGUGGCCUUUCUGCCUCUGUUCCUGCUGUUUCUCCCAUUCAAACCCAGCCCAGAUCUGCAUCAGCUCUUUCUUCCUGAAUUACCGUUCCAGUCAUGUUAUGCCCCAAUUUCAAACCCCCAAUGGCUUCCUGGAGCCAAAUCAAGUACCAGCUCUCCUGCCCUGGGAUAUUCAAGGCUUUGUCCACUAUGAUCCCAAAGUCUGUCACCCAUUCCUCAGAAAACACACCCAAUGUGGUGGCAAACCUAACACAGCCCCCUGCUUUCCAGCCAAAUGCCUCUCUUUUGCUUCUAGAUGGAAGGCUUUUUCCCCAACCACUACCUAUGGAAAUCUUACCUGUUCCUUAAAGUCCAUCUGAAAUGUCACUACUUCUGUAAAGUAUUUUCCAAUCCCCCAGACCUCACCCAAAUACAAUUCUACUUUCUUUGAAAACUUACAGUGAGUUUCUUGAAUUGAGAAAAAGAUGACCUUGUAUAGUAUUUUAUAUAAAAUAUAGCCUCUAUAUACCUUCCUGUCCCCUCCCCUUGCACUAGCCAGUCUUGCCUAUACUAGGUUUUAGCUACUGUUGGUAUGGACUGUGUCAAAAGUUUGUCAUGUACCUUAUACAGAGUAGGCACUCAAAAAUUUUCAUUGACCUACACUGAACUUAAAAAUUCUAUGUAAGUAUGUUUCUAUAUAAAAUUGAGUCUAGAGCAGUGAUUCUAUUUUUUAAGUUUAUUUUAUUUAUUUUGAGAGAGAGAGAGAGCAGGGGAGGGGCAGAGAGAGAGAGAGAGAGAGGGAGAAUCCCAAGCAGGCUCUGCACUGUGCAGAGCCUGAUGGGGGCUCGAUCCCACGAACCAUGAGAUCAUGACUUGAGCCGAAACCAAGAGUCAGACACUUAACUGACUGAGCUACCCAGGAACCCCUAGAGCAGUGGCUCUUAAUCUGGGCUGCACAAUAGAAUCUCCUGGGGAGCUUCUAAAAAUCUCAAUACCCAGGCCACAGCCCCAGAUCAGUAAGUCAUAAGCUCCGGAGUUAUGACAUAGCAUCAGUAUUUUUUAAAGCUUCCCAGGUGAUUCCAAAGAGCAGGCAAGGUUGAGAAGAAUAAUUUCAGAACUUACCCAGAAAGGUCCAAAGGGAUGCCUGCCAAUGGCAUAAAGCAAUAGUUUGGGCACUGGUAAAGAAUAUACUCCCUCCUUGUACAUAUAGUGCAUGCCUAGAAAGUAGAAAUAACCACACUUUGGCCUUAUUAGACCCUACUAUUUUGUGCAACACUCAUUAGACAUGUAGCAUUCAUGAAGCCCCCAAAGAAAGCUCAAAAACCUGCAAAAAUGGACCAGGGAAAGAGGGAAAGUUGAUGCAAUUUGUCUGGCCCUUUGUUUCAAAAAGCCAUACCAGUCCGAUAAGCAACCUUCUCUCCAAACAACUUGAAGGGCUUUUCAUGACUUGAUUAGUCAUGGAAAUGGGGAUCAAAGCGAAAAUGAAGAAGGGAAAUGUGCCAUUUAGAUGAAGUUGCCUUUUUGAAACAUAGCACCCUUCACUAAGGGAAGGUUUUAAUCAGAAUUACCAAAUAGUGGAACUGGUUUCAAUGCAUCUUUCUCUUUUUAUUCCUCUCUUAACUUUUGUAAGUAUCCGAUGAGAAAUCAAAUAGUCAAGAGACCAGCAGUAGAUAGAGCUAGAGCUCUGAAUGAAACAUAACAUGAAGAAUAAUUCCCAGCAGAGUCAAAACCUGACUUUUGUAGGGAUAGGUUAAUUUGGAUAAUCCUCAAAUGAUGUUCAAAUCCUCAGAUGUUCACUUGUAAAUUGGUUGUGUAAAACUCAGAAUAGAUUUAUUUCCACACAGAACACCCAAUUCUAGAUUCCCAAAUGAAUUCAGUAAAGCCCGUUUAAUUCAUGACUGAGUUACAAUAUCUAUUAUACCUAAUUGGACUAUGGUCCCAAGAAUAGGAUCCAGGCAAAGCAGCCAAUAAGAGAAGAAAGACUACUUCCUCCUUUUUUGUAUCUAUGAUGUGUCAAAGCUAAAGCAUGCCUAAGGUCUUUUCUGUAUCUAUCCCUCAUUCUGUGUUUUUCUCCCCUGAUGCCCUGUGCUCUAUGUUCUAUAAUCCCCCUGCUGUGGUAACCCAUCCCAUCUCACCCCAUCCUCACAGCCUGUCAGCAUGCUUCAUGUUCCAAAAUGAUCUAACUCCAGUUCCAGGCAUCUUGGCCCAAUGGUCAGAAGAAAGCAGUUCAGUUGAACAAAUUCUGAAUGCCUGACGGUCUUUUAACUUCACAGAGGGGCUGCAUUUUUUUAAGUAGUUGCCUUCUUACUGCCAUCAACUUCUAAUUGACAGAAUUGCUGGCAAAGUGUGAAAAAAAAAAUCAGAUUGGGAAGGGAGGUCUAGAAAUCAAUUGGGUCAGACAUCCAAAUUAUUCUUGUUGAUCACAGCCUCCUCCUAUCUUCCUCCUCCCCACACACUCCCAAAGUAACUUCCAAGCUGAGAUCCUGGCCUGAGUCUGUUUGUAAAUGGGCUAUUUAUAAGUUGGUUGUAAACUCAAAGGCAAAUUUCCUAAUAAUGACCUUUAUUCAAGGUCCCUUCCAGGAUCUUUGGGUAGCCUGGCCUCCAAGUAUUUCCACAGACAGUUGAGUAGAAAAUCAAUGUGCCUUACCAACAAGAUGAAGAGUUACUUAGAUUACAAUAAGCUUGUUGAAGUCUUUUUCACCACUAAUUGCCUUUUCUUGUUUUAUGUGGAUCAAUAUUUCAGAAAGUUAAUUACUGAAACACUGCUUGAAGAAUGCCAAGCAUCUUCUAAACUUUGACAAUGCAGUGGUCAUCAGUAUGCUAAAAAAGUUGCUAAUACCAUGUUUUUAAAAAUCUGUGCAGUGCAAAAAAAAUGCAUAUUUGUUGAAAAUAUGUUUGCCUCUUAUUUCUAAUUAUAUUAGUUAGCAUACCUGAUACUAUAGAAUGAUAAACAGGCUGCCUCUUGUUAAUGGGUAAAUAAUGGCCACCUCAAACUCCAAAGAGCAAUAGCCUUGAAAUUGCAAGAAAUAGAGAAAGAACACACUUUUCAAUCCUCUGAGAAUUGUGCCAUAAAUGCUGAGAGUAAGCAAAAAGAAAACGGCUAUACUGUAGAGGCAUAUAAACACUAAUUUGCUAGAAGAUUUUAACAUAUCAGUGAAUGGAAAAUGUUUCCCUAAUAAUAAAAAUUAAAAGUAUUCAACACUAGUUGACAAUAAGUACUUUAAGGCUGAAAUAAAUGUACAUUUUCUUUAAAAUGAAGAAAACAGUUCUAGUUUCUAGGUUUAAAGAUUACUUUUUGAUGAUGAUUCAACCAACUUUUUUUACGUUUAUUUAUUUUGAGAGAAAAGAGCAUGCACGUGCACACAAGCAAGAGAGGGGCAGAGAGAGGGAGAGAAUCCCAAGCAGGAUUUGCACUCUCAGCACAAAGCCUGACAUGGGGCUAAAUUUCAUGAACCGCGAGAUCAAGACCUUAGCCAAAAUCAAAGAGUCAAACGCUUAGCCAAUGGAGGUACCCAGCUACCCUCAAUUUUUUAAUGUACAAAUAUAUUUGACACUUGAAAGUGAUUUUUUAGAAUUAUUCUUAUUCAAAUUGUAUAAAUUACAACAUGAGCUAUAAUCUGGUUAAAUAUCAACAGAGCAACAGAACGAUAACUAGGUUUUAAUCUUUCUAAAAUAUCUUGCAAAUCCAGUAGACUACUUAUAGAAUAGUCUUUAACUCUCUAAGAUAAAAAUUCAUUCUGCCUCCUAACUUAACAGAGACAUUUUAAAAAUGAGACUUAAGAUGGGAAAGAUGGGGGUGGAGAGGCUUGACCAAUUUAGAUUGGAAAUAAAUGAAGAUACAAGUAUAGUUUUGUUACAAUAAAGAGGUGUUUGGGGGCACCUGACUAGCUCAGCUGGUAGAGCAUGUGACUCCUGAUGUUUGGGGUUGUGAGUCCGGGACACAUGUUGGGUGUAAAGAUUACUUUAAAAAGAUGUGUUUUCAUAUCCAUAAGAAACAGGAGUUCUUUUCAUAUAGUAUGGUAAGAGUGAAUUGAUCAACGUUCCAAAAUUCCAAAGAACCCGAUGUUUCUACAGAUUCAGUGAGUUAUCUGCAAGCUAGCAGAUUCUUGUAACUUUCCCACAAUUAGUAAUAGUGCAAGAUUCAGUGAAUUUUAUGUUAGUAUUGACUACCAAAAGAUUACUAAAUGUGUAUGUAUAAAAGGUUUUAUUGUGUUGGAGAGUUAAAACCCUAAAACAAUUCAAAUGAAAUCAUUUUAAUGCAACUGUAUUUUUUAAAGCACAUGGGUAAAUUAAAUUUUACUUUUUCAGUAUUUUUACUUCAGAACACCUUAUCUUCUUUUCUGAUUUUCACUUACUUUUUCCGAGCUUUAGCAUUGAGUUUCUUAACCUACCCUCUCCCUUCAUUACCUUCUUGUCGAGAUAAAAAAAAAAUAUAUGUAAACUACUUAAUAGCAUUAGGAGAGCUCAUUUCUAGGACUUCUUAGGUGAAUUCCUAAUUAAAAGGAGAUUUUAAUAAUUCUAAUAAAUUAUUAGAAAAAAUUUCAUACACACUCUCUAAUUUUUCUAUCACUGUGAGGUCUCUGUUUCCUCAUCUGUAAAAUAAGCAAAAUACUUGAUUGAACAUUUUCCAGGAUGGAAGGUAGGAUAAACAAAUAUUUAUGAAGAAUUUAUAUUAGUAAUAGCAAUUUAUUAUUCCAAGAGAAAUGUUUAAAAUAUUUUUCUCCAAAGUAAAUAAAUUUGCUUAAAAAGUUCACAUUUCUUUCUUGCCCAACUACUUUGUUUUUCUUUAGAAGAGCAGCACAUAAUGGUGGAAUCUUCUUCCAAUAUGGUAUGCAGUUUAAAAAAAAAGAAUCUAAAGAAAAAUCAAAUGAAUUCAAGAAAUAUUCUAUCUGCUUUCUGCAGGCAGAUUCCAGGAAAAUUUAUUUUGGCAUAGGUAGAAUAGCCUACAGAAAUUCUGACUCCUAUGUCCACAAUUGAAGUUAAUGGAAAUAAUGACUUUGCAGCACACAAAGAAACAGCAAAGGAGUUCCUGUACUCCUUUCUGGCUUAAGCAGUUCAGGACAACUUCAUUGUACUAUUCCAGACCCCAGUGAAAAAAUGUUCUAUGCUAGCAUGUCAUGGCCUUACAGUGAAAUGAAUCAACUUUAUUAGGAUAACAGAAAUGGCUCCACAAAAAUGAGCAUACCUUCAGCCUCUGUUUUUGCAUUCUCAGCUACAUCAAGUCUGAAUUUAACCCCAAGGAUUCAUUUCAGCCAUGAGGACUGACAAAGGAUGUACAUGUGGCCAUAGGCAUGUACACACACACACACACACACUUCAACUGAGGCAUGGAGCACCCAUAGUUAACAUAGUUCAGUCAGAAUCAGGAGAUGCCUCUUACAAAUAUGGUAUGCUUCCAUCUUAGGAAGCUUGAGUCAACUUAUUUUCUAAAGUACUUUUUUGGUUAUUGAAAUCCUAAUGGAAAAACUAUUAUAGCAGCCAUUUUGAAAUGUGUGAGUUACAUAAACUGUAUGUUUUGUUUCCAUUAUUAAAAACCAAUUGAUGGAUCUUAGCUUUUAUUCUUGUUCUUCUGCAUCGUGCAUGUUAGAUAUUCUGUGGAACUGAAAGCAAGUCAUUGCUUAAGCCAAAAUGUUUGUGAGCAUAAACUGUGUCUUUCUUCAGAAGGUAUAUGGUACUGUAUUCCAAUAGACCACAUCAUCUCCAUGACACUGUUACUGUUUCCUAGUUCUGCUUUCUUAAAGAUUUGUUGGGGGUUGUGUUUUGUUUGGAGACUUUGCAAUUAGAAGAAGAAAAUUAAUAAUUAAGAACUGUAUUUAAUUCAACCUAGAUGUUUUAAAAAGUGAUUUAGAGGAUGUGAUGGACUGUUUCUUUAUUCAUUAAAUAAAAUUUUAUUUAUUCUCAA